UUGAGAAAGUAGAAGAGAUUUUUCAUUGAAGCUACAAGAAGUACAUAAUCAAGCUACAGUAUGGGUUUUUGUCUUACAUGCCUGUUGCUGGCACUGUCAGUCGGAUUACACUGCCAAACGUUUGCAGAGGGAAAAUGCAAAGGACAAUGCAUUAAAGCAGCAAGCUGUACUUCUACUAGCAGUGACGGCGAGUAUGAGCGUAAACUAGAUGAAUUAAAACAACACACUCCAAUUAUUACAGUUGGACCAUCACACAAUUCAAGUAUCCUUCUCUGUAUAAGAAGGUUUCACAUCAUUAAGCAGAAAAAGAACAUGUAUCGCUGUGUUCUGAAGAAGGUUUUUGAAUUUUAUACAGCAGUUCUUAAAAUAUACGCAAACCCAGAUGCAAUAGGAAUCAUUGACAGAAUGAACAAGAGCCUUAAUUGCACAAAUUGUGAAAGGUUACUGAAAAAGUGCAAAAAGCUUCCACAGAGAUACAAGACUGCCGAGAACUGUAUGGAUGAAAUAUUAGCUUGUGAUGCAGCAAUACUACAGGUUAAGAAACUUGAUGACGCAAUGAAACAGGUGAACAACACUGAGAUCCAAGAAAGGGCCAUAUCUGAACUUGAUCGUCUUUCAGGUUGUCUGGCUCGACCCAAAAAAAUGCUUCUAGAGGUUAAUUAAAAGUAAUAGUUUGAGAUCUACUGACCUUUAUGUAUCACAUUGUUUUUGUUCAUUUUGUAUUCUUUGGAACUGAAAAUGAACAGAAGUCAUUUUAUUUAUUAUAACGUGGUUAUAAAAUCACAUUGCACUGUUGUGGAAGAAAACAUCAAAUGCAUAGGAAUGACACCAGGAGGCAUGGUACUAAAUAGCAGACCACUCCCAGAGCUGUAUCCAACAUCGAAAAGGGUUACUGCAAUAACGGCUUGCAUUUAAUUGUCCAUCAUUCAUCUUGAGAUAACUUUAGACACAGAAGAAAUUACAUAUCUUUAUGGGAAUUGCUCUUGACAAAUAGUUAAAAAAUGUUCCACAACAGCAGCACAAAGUGAUUUUAAAAACCUCUUAACCCUUGCAGCGUCUCAUGAAAUGUCCCUAUUAAGUCCUCCUUCUUCAGACUUUAAAUGUUUGAUCAUUUCAGUUCUCAGAAUCCAAUGUGAAAAGGUCACUUUCAGAAAUUAACUGUUUUAGAGAGGGUUAGAAAAGUAUUCUUGUUUUCCAAAGCCCAGUUUAGCCUAAGAGGAUUUAAAAAAAACAUUCCUUAUAAAACCAUUCCUUAAAGUUUUGUAAAUACGGUCCAAUGUGUUGUUAAUGAAUGUACCGAGUUCCUGAUCUUUCCAAUCACUCUUCUGUAAUUAUAUAACUUGUUAAGAUAUUUUGGCCAGUAUUAUGUGUCUGUGGCGAGUUACUGCCUCCUGAACACAGCAACCAACGACCUAAUUUAAGGUUAAAUCAUUUAAAUGCCAUAAACUAGAACAAGGCAUCCAGUGUACUUUCCAGGAAAGGAUUGUUCUCAGGUCACAAAUAUGAAUCUGUGUAUCCCUUAGUGAAAUGUAUGUAAAGUUGUUUUGUGGAGAUGCCGCUGGUGUUACAGAUGUUCCUGGAGCCUGUAUCAGAUUUUUUUUUUUUUUUAAAGUCCUAUUUAGAGGAUUAAAAAGUUGGAUUUUAUUUUUGCAGAUGCACAAAUGUAGGCCACAUGUACAGUAGUGUUUACAUGUUAAUUUUUGUUCUUGAAAUAAUGGGCCCUAUUCACAAAACAUUAGACUGUUUUAAAAUGUUAAGGGCUGUUUUUAAAAGCUGAUUUGGAUUAAUUAAAGUUGCAGGUUAUGAAGUCUUGGUCAACUCUUUUAGAGAGGGUUUGAAAAGUAUUCUAAUUUUCCAAAGCCCAGUUUAGCCUAAGAGGAUUUUUAAAAACCAUUCCUUAUAAAACCAUUCCUUAAAGUUUUGUAAAUAGGGGCCAAUGUGUUGUUAAUGAAUGUACCGAGUGCCUGAUCUUUCCAAUCACUCUUCUGUAAUUAUAUAACUUGUUAAGAUAUUUUGGUCAGUAUUAUGUGUCUGUGGCGAGUUACUGCCUCCUGAACACAGCAGGACCUAAUUUAAGGUUAUGUCAUUUAAAUGCCAUAAACUAGAAAAAGGCAUCCAGUGUACUUUCCAGGAAAGGAUUGUUCUCAGGUCACAAAUAUGAAUCUGUUGGUUUGCUUUGUAUAGUAACCACUAAUGCUUUUACACAACAAAUUAAUGUAUACCAUUUGUACUUCUCUGAGGAAUUUGGUAAUUAAGCUUGGCAUUGUAGAAUUGUGUCUUUUAGCUUGUA